UUUGAUAUGGCUCUCCACGUUCCCAGGGUUCAGAAUUAUGUAUCCAUGUUGAAAGAUGGAACUAGACAUUACGAAGGUCUAGAAGAAGCCGUUUCUCGUAACAUUGAAGCAUGCGUUGCUAUAGCAAAAACAACCCGCUCUACCUAUGGUCCGAGUGGGCAGAAUAAAAUCGUAAUUAACCACAUCGGUAAACAAUUUGUAACAAAUGAUGCCGCUACGAUUCUCCGCGAACUCGAAGUUCAACAUCCAGCCGCAAAAAUGUUGAUUCUCGCCACACAACAGCAGGAACAGGAAGCCGGUGAUGGAACUAAUCUUGUUUUCCAGCUAGCUGGUGCUCUUCUGGAUAAUGCACGUGAUCUCUUAAGAAUGGGUUUGUCAGUUUCUCAAAUUGUUGAGGGUUAUGAAAUGGCCAGCAAGAAGGCUCUUAAUUUCCUAGACGAUAUUGUCGUUAAGGAAGUUAGUGACCUUAAAAACAUCAAUGAUGUUGUCCCUGUUAUCAAGACCUCGUUAAUGAGCAAGCAACUUGAUAUCAGCGAGUUUCUUUCAGAACUUAUCUCAAACGCAUGCAUUUCCGCCAUGCCUGAAACUGGCCAUUUUAAUGUCGACAACAUCAGAGUUCUGAAAGUCUUAGGCUCUGGUGUGACAAGUUCCACUCUUGUGCACGGAAUGGUUUUCCCUCGGGACGUAGAAGGCGAUGUCAAAGAGGUUUCUCAAUCAAAAAUUGUCGUUUACUCUUGUCCUCUUGAAGCUUUGCAAACUGAAACGAAGGGUACUGUUUUGUUACAUACUGCCGAAGAACUGAUGGAGUUUUCCAAAGGUGAAGAAAGCCAAAUGGAGAAGAUUAUAAGCAGUAUCGCUGAUCUUGGUGUUAAGAUUGUCGUCUGUGGUGGCAAAGUUAGUGAACUGGCUCAACACUACGCCAACCAACGUGGUAUUAUGUUAGUGCGCCUUAACAGUAAAUUUGAUGUAAGACGUCUGUGCCAAGUUACUGGUGCCACUGUUCUUCCAACGCUAAGUAUUCCCUCUACCGAAGAAUUGGGAUAUAUUGAACGAGCUCGAACUGACGAAAUUGCUGAUACUAGCGUUGUAAUUUUUGAACAAGCUGCAAGCAAGAAGCCCAUGGUUACUCUGGUUGUUCGUGGUAGUACCGAUAGCAUUAUGGAUGAUAUUGAACGAGCUAUUGAUGAUGGCGUAAAUACUUACAAGGCUCUUACUCGCUGCAAAAAGGUUGUUGCAGGAGCUGGUGCAUGUGAAGUUGAGAUUGCUCGCAACUUACUUUCAUUUGCGGACACAAUUCCUGGACUCGAACAGUACGCCGUUCGUGAAUUUGCUCAUGCCUUUGAGGUGAUUCCCAAAGCUCUUGCCGAAAAUGCUGGCGAGAAAUCGACUGAAGUGAUCGCUCAGCUCUAUGCUAACCAUCAGGCUGGUCAGAUCUAUUCGGGAUUUGUCACCACUGAAAAGCUCGAUGCUGAUAUUCGUGAUGCCAAGGAAGCUAACAUCCUUGAUUUGCAUGCUGCCAAACAUUGGGCCAUCCGCUUUGCUACGAACGCCGCUUGCGUUGUUCUUCGCGUUGAUCAAAUUAUUAUGAGUAUGUACGCAGAUAAUUCAAAUGCCCGUACAGCCUCUGGCGCUAUCAACAACGCAUCGGUGGAUCCUGAUGAGGAUGGCGAAGAAGAUAUAGUCGAUCCUUCCUUUCUCUCCUUCGUGGACGAUCAGGCGGCUGAGGAGAGCUUCUACUUGCUGGAAUACGAAGAGGACCCAACGCCUGACUUGUAUGGGGUGCUGGGUGUCUCACGAGACGCAAGUGAUGCGGAUAUAAAGGCGGCUUAUAGGCGAUUUUCUCGAUUACUGCAUCCGGAUAAACAUUCUGUUGCCUCAGAUGCGGCUGAGGCAGCGUUUAGGCGUCUCACGAAUGCCUAUAACAUUCUCUCGGAUCCGAGUCAAAGAGCUAUCUAUGAUCAAUACGGAUUUAGAGGUCUUCGUACUCAGGGUUGGGAGCUGGCAGUGAGGGAUAAAUCUGCAGCUGAACUGCGUCUGGAAUACAUUCUCCUAAAACAAAAAGCUAAAGAAUCUGAGAGGGAACACUUGCUCCAACCUAGCACCGAACUCACCUGUGGUAUUGACAUGACCGACUUCUUCGAUCGCUAUCUCAAAGAAUCACCAGAAGAGCGGAUAUUUUCACCAUCCAUAUCAGUCCACGAUGUCUCCAUGUCUCAAUCAAUUACGGCUCUCCGAACACCAAACAAUACAGUUAAUCUAGCUGGUCAUGUCACAGCUUUUAAUGGGGUUGGUAUUGGCACUUUGCUGUCAAUUUGGACUCAUCGACUCUCACCGAAAACGCCGAUUAUUGGAGCGAGCUCUACAGAAACUACUAUCUCCUACGGCCGAGGCAAAUAUGGACUGGGGCUCGGUUUUAAACUGAGCAAAGAGCUUUUUGACCGAGUUAGUGGUUUCGCGGGUCUACAAUUGGCAUCAGCCCCUCAUUCCGGUUCAGGAUUCGCCCUAAUUCCGGGCGCUUCUAUAGGCACCGGUAUCCAACUCACCUCUAACAUAAUCACUCGACUGUCCUACAAAUUCAACAUGAAUGCAGGUCUCUUCACGGAGUUAUUUAUGUUCGCAGAACAGGGCAAGCGUUCCUGCCGCAUUCAGAUGAAUAUCCUAGCUAAUGGAAACACUGUUUUCAAUACUCAUCUUGAAUCUACUGUAAGCUGGCCUUUCCUAAAUCCACUCCUCAAAGUCUCUUCUCGUCCAUCAGCUUCGAAGAGGUGUGCUGACUGGGAAACGAAUCUUGAUGAAGAAGACGAUUUGCUCCUAGAAUCUAUUCCUUCAAAGGGUCGCAUUUCUGCCAACAUCUCAUGUAAUUCCUAUGACCUUCUUGAAGUACGAGUUGGAACCAACUGUGCUCUCUCAGAGCUUACGCGUUUAUCCAGCGAAAUUGCAGUUAGUUGGAUGCGGGGUCUAAGCUUAAAACUUAGUCUACGUAGGGGAAAUCAGUCCUAUGUAUUCCCCAUUAAACUCUCGGAGGUUUGGGAUCCAGCAGCUCUCUGUUAUGGAAUUUUAGUACCAAACCUCUCCUAUGUCCUUCUUCGAAGUCUUGUCUACGAACCUUGGGUACUCUCUCAGCUCAAAAAGGCUCAAGAUAUUCGUAGAAAGCGUUUGAGGAAUGAGCUGAGACAGUUGAGAAGUGAGGCUCUUGCUACACAAGCUCUUAUGGAACAUACGGCUUCUCGUAUCGUUGAAAGUGAAAGAGAGAAUAGAGGUCUUGUAAUUAUCCGUGCCCUCUAUGGACAACUAUCUCCCACAACUCCCGGUAUUCCUUUGGAAGACGAUGCUGGUGGAUCUCUUUCUUUGGAUGUUUCUGUUGCUCUUCAAGUUAUGGUUGAGAACCACGCCAUCCGAUUACCUCCAGGUCGUUGGGCAGAUUUACAAGGCUUCUAUGAUCCAUGUGCUGGACUGGGAAGGGCAGCUUUUGCCAAAGGUAGACCACUAAGGCAACUCUUUGUCGCCUAUACAUUCAACGGACUUCCACAUGAAGUUUGCACUGAAGAGAAUAGAGGACUAGCGAUACCUAUGAGUAAGCACCGAGUUGAAGCAUUUUCCCAACAUAUGUAA